UACUCCUUAAUUUGAAGGAAUUCUGGGUCCUGUGAAAGCCCUAUUUCGAAAGAGGAGAGAGAGAGAGGUAUCCGGAUUUUCCUGGAUUUUCUCUCGCAUUCCCGGAAAAUUACUCCGCUUCUCGUUUUCUGCUUCGAAAAUCGACUUGGUGGUGACGUCCGAUGAGCCGUUUAGGGUACAAAUCCGUGGUUUAUCAUGGAGAGGUGCAUUUGGGGGAACUCGAUGUCAUUCGAGUAUCGGACCAGAAUUUCCGGUUUCCGAACGAUGAGAUUCGGAUCCACCGAAUCUCUCCGGCCGGCGAGAGGUGUCCUCCACUCGCGAUUCUCCAAACUAUUUCUUCUUUUUCCGUUCGGUGCAAGCUCGAGUCGUUUUCUCCUGUCAAAUCGACUGAGUUGAUGCAUCUUCACGCAAUGUGUUUCCAUGAAUUGAAGACUGCUAUGGUCUUAAUCGGAGAUGAGGAGAUUCACUUGGUGGCAAUGCCAAGCAAAGAAAAGAAGUUUCCAUGUUUUUGGUGUUUCGCAGUACCUGUUGGUCUUUAUGAUUCCUGUUUAGGGAUGCUAAACAUGCGUUGCCUUUCAAUUGUGUUUGAUCUUGAUGAGACCCUGAUUGUUGCAAACACCAUGAAGUCCUUUGAGGAUCGAAUUGAGGCUCUUAGAGUCUGGAUUACACGAGAGACUGAUCCUAUGAGGAUAAAUGGAAUGUCAGCCGAACUUAAGAGGUAUAUGGAUGACAGGAUACUGCUGAAGCAGUACAUUGAGAACGAUUAUGUGUUUGAUAACGGGACCAUGUUAAAGGCGCAACCUGAGGAGGUUUCCCCAAUUUCCGAUGCCCUUGAGAAAGUUGUUCGACCUGUUGUCAGAUUGCCGGAAAAGAAUGUUGUGCUUACUCGGAUUAAUCCUGAGAUCCGUGACACCAGUGUGCUUGUAAGAUUGAGACCGGCUUGGGAAGAUUUAAGAAGCUAUUUGACAGCAAAGGGCCGAAAGCGCUUUGAAGUCUAUGUCUGUACCAUGGCUGAAAGGGAUUAUGCUCUUGAGAUGUGGAGACUACUUGAUCCAGAAGCACACCUGAUUAGUUCCAAGCAGCUUCGAGAUCGGGUUGUAUGCGUGAAAUCAGGGUCAAAGAAGUCAUUGUUGAAUGUUUUCCAUGGUGGCAUCUGCCACCCGAAAAUGGCAAUGGUCAUUGAUGAUCGUUUAAAAGUUUGGGAAGACAAGGAUCAACCACGGGUUCAUGUUGUUCCUGCGUUUCUGCCAUAUUAUGCUCCCCAGGCAGAGACAGCCCAUCCGGUUCCAGUUCUGUGUGUGGCGAGGAAUGUUGCAUGCAAUGUCAGGGGUUACUUUUUCAAGGACUUUGAUGAGACUUUAAUGAGCAGUAUAUCUUUGGUUUACUAUGAGGAUGAGGUGGGGAACUUACCUCCAGCUCCGGAUGUGAGCAACUAUCUUGUUACAGAGGACGCUGGCUGUGCCUCAAAUAGCAACACAUCUGCUCCUCCCCUUAUGGAAGGAAUUUCUGGUGGCGAAGUUGAACGUAGACUAAGCCAAGUGGAUGAGAAGGCUGUUGCUGAUGCUUCUACUAUUUCCUCAACCAGUAGUUCUGACCAGAAACCUGAAGCCAAUAAUCCACAGGCAACAGUCAUUCCGAACGUCACAGGCAUGACAACUGUUGCAGGGCUGAUACCGUCUCAUAAACCUAGCUUGCUUGGAGCUCCAAGACGGGAUAGUUUUGCUUCUUUUCCUGAUGGUGGGAGACCCCUUAUGAUGAGGCCUGGUGUAGAUAUACGGAACCAAAACUUCAGUCAGCCACCACUGUUGGCUAGAUAUUCUAUGCAACCUCCAUCAUCCUCAAUGCAUUCACAGGGCGGUUGGUUGGUUGACGACGAGAGCAACAAAUCACUCUUUACAUGGAUAUUAGACGAAGCUUCAAUGGAAAUCUCCGGCCUUUGGUGA